UCCAGGAAGCGAAGUUCGUGAGGAAGCAUGAAAACGUAAGUUUCUUAGUGGAAAGGCAGCAUUUUGAAUAGUCUCUCGAGACACCAAUGGAAAGCUCGAACAUGUCAAGUGAUGAACAGCAAGAUGGGAAUGCUCCAGAAUUGGACCUUAUUGAAGUACAGAAUCCAGUAACUCAUGAUGAUGGGAAUGCAAAUCCUGAAGAAAGAGUUGGAGAUAUACGAUCUACAAUACAAAAUAUCCUGGGAAAAUUUGAAGGUGACAUUAACCAGAAGCUUCACAUAAAGAGAAAACGCAUGGAAACUUAUAUCAAAGAUUCAUUCAAAGACAGCAACCAGAAAUUAGAACAACUUUGGAAAACGAACAAACAGGAGAGAAAGAAGAUCAACAACAAAUUUUGUGAGCAGUAUAUAACUACAUUUCAGAAGUUUGAUAUGGAUGUCCAGAAAUUCAAUGAAGAACAAGANAAAUCAGUGAACAAUUAUCAAAAAGAACAACAAGCAUUAAAACUGUCCAAAUGUAGUCAGAGCCAGACCCUGGAAGCAAUUAAAGUUAUGCAUGAGAAGUACAUGGAGGGUUUGAUGAACUUGGAGACCAACAACUACGAUAUGCUUUUUGAUGUAGAUGGUGAACUGAGAAAAGAAAUGUCUGUGUUUAAAAGAGACAUCAUGAAGCAUACUAUGAAGUACUCUUCUACUUUCCCAUCUUCAGACUAAUGAAGCAUGCAUAUUUUUCACUUGCUGGUACAUUUGUAACCAAAUAAAAAAUUCGCUAACUU